AUGAGUCAAAAUAAGGAAAAGCUAGAGUCAGAGUUAUUUUAGUAAUACUAAUAAGCAAUUGACCUUCUAGAAAAUGGUAAUGAAGCAUAAGGAAUUCAGAUAUUAAAGGAGUUAAUGCAAAAUUAAUCCAUUAUUAAUCAGGAUGAUAAAAAGAUUUUAUAUGGCAUCUAUAUGUCUUUAGCUGAAAUUCUGGUCUAAAGUGAUUGUGUAUAGAAUAAAUGUGAAGCAUUAUACUAUUAUUAUCAAAGUACUUUAAUUUCAGAUAAUUGCUGGCAAACCCAAAGGAAAAUGGCUUUAAUAUUUAGGCAAUUAGGAAUGAUGCCUAGAGCCUUAAAUGUUAUAUUAAAAGCGUAUUAAUUAAAUUAGAUUAUAUAGACUAUAAUUAUGCAAUUAACCUAAUAUCAUAGAGGCAAUAUUAUAUCAAGUUUGUUCUAUUUGUUUUUUAAUGAAUGAUUAAAAAUAAUUCGAAAUAUAUUUUGAUAAAAUGAGUGAUAAUAAUAAUUUGAAGCAUAAAAUUGCAGAAUUGAAAAAAUACUUUAUUGAUCAAAAUAAUGUUACUGAUUUUGUAAAAGAGCUUUUAUAAGAGUAAUCUCAAAUUCAAUAAUAAUUAGAAAAGGUUCCUUUUGAGUCAGCUCAGAAGAUAUUGUAUUUUAAUUAAACAUUUUAAUUUGAAAUCAAGUUAGAUACCUAUGAUUUAAAGAAGUUCUUUAAAAAAAUUUAGAAUAUUUUACAAAUUAAUGUUAAUUUUGAAUCAAAAAAGGUUGAUUUUAUUCAUAAUGAUAAAUGCUUUAUGUCUAAUACAAAAAUACUAGUCAUUUCAAAGGAAUAGCAAUAAAAUUCAAAAGAUGUUUCAAAAGAAUUACCAAAAGAAAAUCAACCUGUUAAAUAAUCAGAAAGGUAGAAAUCUAAGAAAACUAAAUAGCAAUAAGAUUAAUAAUUUGUUUUAGAUUAGAUAAUUUAAUCUAAUCAUAAUAAAUUGAUUGAAUUAUUAAAAUAAUUUGAUGGGAAUGAAAUAUUCUAACUUAUUAAUAAUAACAUAAAAAUUUAAAGCGAGCAAAAUGAAAAAUAAGAAUGCCCUGUAGCUAAAUUUCUUUUAGAAAACUUAAAUAAUAAGUAGUUUUUAACUAUAAUUUAAUUAUUAGAAAAACUUAUAUCAUUAAUUUGUUUAGAAUAUUAAUCAUAUGAUGAUGCUCCCCUGUAAUAACAAUCAGAUACUGUAAAUGAAUAACUUAAAAGCCCUCAAAGAAAAAAUUCUUAUGGCUCAUCAUAUCGAGAGGCUCUUAAAGGUUUAAUAAAUUGUAUCGUAUGGGCUUAAUACUCUACAAACAAAUUUACUGAUAAUCCUAAAAUUAAGUUAAUAUUACUUGAAGUUGCAUAUGAAGAAUUAAUUUUCAGAUUUAAAGAAAAGAAACCUAAAUCUCCUGAGCAACAAAACAAAAUUAAAAACUUUAUUAGAUUUAUUAAUAAUAUGAAAUUGGAACUUCUUUAGACAAAUAUUAAUCAAAUAAUAACUGAUGAAGCAGAAGUUUAAAAAUAUUUAUCAAGCUACUAUAGAGUUAUGGCAUAUAUUCAUAGUGAUAUAAAUUUUUUUUAAGGAAGAAUAGCAAAAUAAUGUUCCUAAUAAUUAAAUAACCCUGAAUUAACUUAAGAAAUUUUGGAUAAGAUAAAGUCUGCAUAAUUUUAAAUUUCUUCAAGUUCGCCACAUUAAUCUUAAUAAAUUUAACAAAUACUAACUUAAUGGGAAUAAAAAGAAUAGAGGCUAGAAGAUAAUGAAAAAAUAAGAACUUAAAUACUUUAUGUAUAAGAUUAUUUGAAAUAGAAUUAAAGUUAUGAUAUAAUUAAAAGAUUAGCUAUAAUUUGUCUUAAUUAAUUUUAUUUUGUGCAAUAAAAAGAAGAACUUAAAAUAAUUUAUAAAUUUGUGCAACCUUUAAUAUAGCAAUUUUUGAAUAUUCCCUAACCAGAUCUUUCUAUAGGGUUUAUCUUUUUAAAAUUUUCAAUAAUUUAUUCUUUAAUGGAAUUAGAUUCAAGUGAGUUUUUGGCUAAAUUUAUUGAAAUUUUCCUAUAACAAACAAAUGGUUAAAAUAAGCAUCUACUAUUGAUUGAGAUUCUAAAAUUUCAUCAUCUAAAUAUAAAUAAACUUUUUACUUAUAUAAACAUUGAUCUAAUUCUGUAAGAAUUUAUUAAAACUAAGAUACAAAUGAAAAAUAGAUAUAAUUAAUUAAUAGAACACUACAAAAACAAUGUUUAAAAUGACUUAGAACUUCGUUACUAUUUGCUUCAUUUAUUAGAUUUAAAAGAUCAAUAUACGCCUUAAUUUAUAGUUCAAUAAAAUGAGUUACAAAUUGAAAUUGAAAAAUAAGAGACUAAAUAUCCUUAGCCAGAAUCAUUUUCAAGUGCUUCUGAGGAAGAAAUAGAAUCAGAUGAAGUUUUUUAAAAAUAAUACUAAAAUCUACAUUUAUUAUAGGAUCAAACUGAAAGUACUUUUAAAUUAGGUAAAUAGUACUACCAGUUUACAACUAAAACAGUUGAAUUUUUGUUGAAUCAUACUAUCAAUGUAAAUGUAGGAGACCCAAAAAUUAUUGAACACAUAAAAAGAUUGGCUAAGGAAAUAAUAAGAGUUGAAUAUGGAUUAACUACUAAAGAAUUUAGUAGACAUUUUUAAUACAUAUUUCUAAAAAGUUAUUAUCUCUAGUAAGAAUUUGAGAGGGAUUUAUCUGAAGCAGAGCUUUAAUUUAUGGGUUAUUUUUUAACUCAUUUUUCAAAGACAUUUUAGGAUUAAAGAUAAUUACAUUAAUUUACUAUUGAUAUUGUUAAAAAAUCUUUGCAGAAAUAGACUGAUCCAAAGAUUUAGGAAUUUGCUGAAUGGUUAUAUUCUUAAAUUUUUACAAAAUAGAAAUCACAAAUAACUUCAAUAAAAGAAUUUUAAGAUAAUGUUACUCAAAACAAUUUGUAAUGCGAUUAUAAAUCUAACCUAUAUUAUCAAAUUUAAAAGUCAGAAGAAAUAAAUUUCAAUGAAAAUCAACCUAAAUUUGAUUUAAAAAAUAUCUGUUAUGCUUUAGCCUAUAAAGAAUCACCAUAUUUAUGGAAUUACUUGUAUUAAGGUACUUUUGAGUAAGCUUAAAAGUAAUUUAAGUUGAAAAACUAAACUGAAAUUGAUUGGUUUUUGAGCCAGAAAAAGAUUUAGGCAUAUGUAAAUAAAAAUCCCUCAUUGAAUCAUUUAAAUGAAUAUAGAUAUGUAAUGGACUUGAUUAAAUUAAAAUAAAGACAAGUUGAAUACUAGCAUUCAAAUAAUGAACAGUUGUACAAAAAGACAGAAUAAGGAUAUUAAUCACUUUAUUAAAAAUAAUAUAACAUACCUAAAGAUGCUUUUGAAAUAGAAAAUAAUUUUAGAGUUUUAUAAUUAUAUGAAAAAAAAGUAAUGAGAAAAUAUAGGAAUGUUCCAAUCGAAAGAAUUAGUUAGAAUUUAGAGAAUAUUAACAGUCUUGUUAAUUUAAUCAAGUAAAUGAAAGAAUAUGAUAUUGAAUACUUUUUUCAAUCAAGUGAUGGCGAAUAAGAGAUGAAGCAAGAUCUUUACAUUAACAUUUACAAAUUCAUCAGAAGAUUCUUAAGACAUAGACUAUACCAUUAAUUAAAACAAUUAAUUUAAAUAAUCAAAGACAAAUUCUCUUAUUUAUUAAAUUAAAAUCAAAGCGAUCUUCAAUUUGAGUUUUAAUAUGAUAAUAGGAAAUUUAAAAUAUCAAAUUUUACUUAAGAACAACUGGAGAAAGAGGAAAAUACGGAGUUCAAUAAAGAAGAAGUUAAUUUAAUUUUAAAUAACCUUUUAAAUAUAUUUAUAGAGAAUACAUAAAAAUUGGUAAGAAAAAAAGCUUAAAGGUAUAUAAUAGAAGCAUUUUAUUAUGCAACUCAUUUAAAAUUUAACAGUUAAGCUCCUAUAGAUUAAGUGUUUGCACAAAUAUCCUCUAUAUAUCAACCAAAUAGUAGAGAUCUUGUGUAUUAUUACUUAUAAAUUGAUAAAUAUAAGUGUGAGAAAGAUGAAGUAUUAAGUCAUUACUAUUCGUAAGACCUAAUUUUUAAUUAUUAGAAGUCUAAAAUAUUAAAAUUGAUUAUUAAUAUUUUGCUCAAAAUGUAAAAACACAAAGAUAUCUACCAACUUUUCGAAAAGCUACAUAAGACUUAUGAUAUUAGAUUAUAUUAAGCUUGUAUUGGACUACUAGAGGAAUACAGAAAGAUAGAUGAUAAAGUGUUAAUCAGAGACAUCAUUUUGAAGUCUGAAUCAUACAGAAGGACGACUGAGCUAUUUAAAUAGGAUUCUAUUGUACCUUUGCUUAAUAAUAUGUACAUAAGAUUUUUUGAGAAAGAUCAGCAAGAAUAAAAUGAAGAGUGCUUCCUUAUUGAAACAUCAGAAAUUAAAUUAGAAAAAGGAAAGAAACUUAUUGAGGAUUACAGGGCCACAAAGAGAAAACCUGCUAAACCAAAGGAUCAAUCAUAAUAAAGUUAGUAAUAAUAAUAAUAAUAAUAAUAAUAAUAAUAAUAAUAAUAAUAAUAAUAAUAAUAAUAAUAAUAAACAUAAAACGUUUAGGCCCAAAUUUAAACUUAAUUAAUUUAAUAAUUUGGAGAUGAUGUUGGAUAAUAUAUAAAUUAAGGAAUAUUAAUUCAGAGUUUCAACGAUUUUGAUAAUAUAUGA